GAUCCAACCGCUUGCUAUCUUAGCAUCUCUCAUUGUGCCCUCCAUGUGUCCUUCCUUAACUUUUGUGCCCUGGCUCCAUUUUACAGAUUCCCACCCCAGGUUGGGAGAGGACCACGGUGGCCAAAAUUCUUAGCUUCUUCCUCUCCCUCAUGCAGCCCAUGGAUAGCCAGCCCCAGAGGAUUAUCACAAAAUUAUAAAGCAGCCUAUGGAUAUGGGUACUAUUAAGAGGAGACUUGAAAACAGCUAUUAUUGGGCUGCCUCAGAGUGUAUGCAGGAUUUCAAUACCAUGUUCACCAACUGUUACAUCUACAACAAGCCUACUGAUGAUAUUGUCCUGAUGGCACAAACGCUGGAAAAGAUCUUUCUACAGAAGGUGGCAUCAAUGCCACAAGAGGAACAAGAGCUUGUGGUGACUAUCCCUAAGAACAGCCACAAGAAAGGGGCCAAAUUGGCAGCACUCCAGGGCAGUAUCACCAGUGCCCAUCAGGUGCCUGCUGUCUCUUCUGUGUCUCACACAGCCUUGUAUACUCCACCACCUGAGAUACCUACCACUGUCCUCAACAUUCCCCACCCAUCGGUCAUCUCUUCGCCCCUUCUCAAGUCCUUGCACUCCGCUGGACCCCCGCUCCUUGCUGUCUCUGCAGCUCCCCCAGCCCAGCCCCUUGCCAAGAAAAAAGGGGUAAAGCGGAAAGCAGAUACUACCACCCCUACACCUACAGCUAUCCUGGCUCCUGGCUCCCCAGCUAGCCCUCCCGGGGGUCUUGAGCCUAAGGCAGCACGGCUUCCCCCUAUGCGUAGAGAGAGUGGCCGCCCUAUCAAGCCCCCACGCAAAGACUUGCCUGACUCUCAGCAACAGCACCAAAGCUCCAAGAAAGGAAAGCUGUCGGAACAGUUAAAACACUGCAAUGGCAUUUUGAAGGAAUUACUCUCUAAGAAGCAUGCUGCCUAUGCCUGGCCUUUCUAUAAACCAGUGGACGCUUCUGCUCUUGGCCUGCAUGACUACCAUGACAUCAUUAAGCACCCCAUGGACCUCAGCACUGUCAAGCGGAAGAUGGAGAAUCGUGAUUACCGGGAUGCACAGGAGUUUGCUGCUGACGUGCGGCUUAUGUUCUCCAACUGCUAUAAGUACAAUCCCCCAGACCAUGAUGUUGUGGCCAUGGCGCGAAAGUUACAGGAUGUAUUUGAGUUCCGUUAUGCCAAGAUGCCAGAUGAACCACUGGAACCAGGGCCUUUACCAGUCUCUACUGCCUUGCCCCCUGGCUUGGCCAAAUCAUCUUCAGAGUCCUCUAGCGAGGAAAGUAGCAGUGAGAGCUCUUCGGAGGAGGAGGAGGAGGAAGAUGAGGAGGAUGAAGAGGAGGAAGAAGAGAGUGAAAGCUCUGACUCUGAGGAAGAAAGGGCUCAUCGCUUGGCUGAACUACAGGAACAGCUUCGAGCAGUACAUGAACAAUUGGCUGCCCUGUCCCAAGGCCCAAUAUCCAAGCCCAAGCGAAAGAGAGAAAAAAAAGAGAAAAAGAAGAAACGGAAGGCAGAGAAGCAUCGAGGCCGAGCCGGGGUUGAGGAAGAUGACAAAGGGCCUCGGGCACCUCGCCCUUCUCAGCCCAAGAAGUCCAAGAAAGCGAGUGGCAGUGGGGCUGGCAGCGCUGCUACACUAGGCCCUCCUGGCUUUGGACCUUCUGGAGGAAGUAGCACCAAACUCCCCAAAAAGGCCACAAAGACAGCCCCACCUGCCCUGCCUGCAGGCUAUGAUUCAGAGGAGGAGGAAGAAAGCAGGCCCAUGAGUUACGACGAGAAGCGGCAGUUGAGCCUGGACAUCAACAAGUUACCCGGGGAGAAACUGGGUCGAGUUGUACACAUAAUUCAAGCCAGGGAGCCCUCUUUACGUGACUCAAACCCAGAAGAAAUUGAGAUUGAUUUUGAAACGCUCAAGCCAUCCACACUUAGAGAGCUUGAACGCUAUGUCCUUUCCUGCCUACGAAAGAAACCUCGGAAGCCCUAUACUAUUAAGAAACCUGUGGGAAAGACAAAGGAGGAACUGGCUUUGGAGAAGAAGCGGGAACUAGAAAAGCGGUUACAAGAUGUUAGUGGGCAGCUCAAUUCUACCAAAAAGCCCCCCAAGAAAGCGAGUGAGAAAACGGAGACAUCAUCGGCGCAGCAGGUAGCAGUGUCCCGCCUCAGUGCUUCCAGCUCCAGCUCAGAUUCCAGCUCCUCUUCUUCAUCUUCCUCUUCUUCAGACACCAGUGAUUCAGACUCAGGCUAAGGGGCCAGGCCAGAUGGGGCAGGAGGCUCCGCAGGACCGGACCCCUAGACCACCGUGCCCCACCCCUACUCUCCCUUUGCUGUGACACUUCCUCAUCUCACCCCCUCCCCCCACUGUAGGAGAGCUGGCUCUGCAGGGGGGAGGAAUGCAAGGACAAUUACUGAAGGAGGGACAUAAAUGGACAAAAUACGACUGCGUUCCCAGCCCAUGGAGAGUGACCUCUUAGGCAUAGAGCUCCUAUUCAAAAUGACUGUGGUUGGGCAGGGGUAAAGGGUGGGAAUGGGCAAAGGCCCUGAUACGGGGUUACCUGAGGCUGUAGCUGCCCUGUUCACUUGUAAGGGCCCUGUUUUGAGGUUGUUUGUUCUAAUUUAUUUUAAGCUAGGUAAGGCUGAGGCAGGGUGGGGCCGUGGUCCCCUCAGCCUCCAUGGGGAGGGAGGAAGACGUUCUUUUUUUACGUUGACUUUUUUUUUCUACUCUGUUUUCCCUUUUCCUUCUCCAUUUGGGGCCCCUGGGGGUUUCAGUCAUCUCCCCAUUUGGUCCCUUGGAUUGUCUUUUCUUUGUCUGUUGAUUCUAACUUGUAAAUAAAGAAAAUAUUAUUCAA